CUCUUUUUUUUUUUUUUUCCCCCCCCUUUGCUCGAUGCAGCCGCCCCAAGGAUGUGGCUAACGCGCACAUCGAUGCGGGCAACAACACGCUGCUCAACACCCGCCUGCGCUACACCUGUAACCCGGGCUACAAACGCAAAGCUGGUACCUCCAGCCUCAUCCAGUGCGUCCUCCGCGAUGGUUCCACCGAGCCCGACUGGACCCACACCACGCUCCAAUGCAUCCGGGACCCAGCUCUACCUCCGGAAACCCCCAGCCCUGAUGUCCUGACCACGCCGCGCGCUGAGAGGACGACCCAAAGGGAAACCACCGACGCCAGCCCGACCUCUCCAGCAGCAAUGCCCAGGCUGCCAGGAGCUGCCAGCCAGUCACCUAUUCCACCAGCACCUGAUGGACCAUCACUGGACACAUCUACACCGCCGGAGGUGCCCCCACCACUGGACACAUCCACACUGGAAGAGGGGACGGCCCCAAGGACAUCUCUGGGAAUAACCCCGCUGCCCACCGCCCCCGUGGACCAUGCCGCAGUUUCCGUCAAGACCCUGGCCUCUUCCAUUGGGUUCCCGGUGCUGGUGGUCGCCGGCUUUGUGGCCGGCUGCUGCUGCUGGAGGAUGAAAAAACGCGCGGAGCAGAGCUACGAGGUGGGGAUGAUGGCCAUCCCCAUGAUGGCUCCCACCACUGAGAACGAGACAUCGUCGCCCGAUGUCUUCGCCAUGGGCUGA